AUGACCAUAGCACAUGAAGGCAUUCCGUACGAAGGUGUCCUCUGCACAAAGGGUCCAAGAAACAACCUGGUAUGGAAAAUGGUCACCGGUCCCGAAACAAUGGUCGUUAACCCCGGUUCAGGCGUGCUGAGCUGCUAUGCGCCUGUCAUCCGAUCCGUGAACAGAACCGACCACAACACAUUCGUGAUCGAUGGCUACGUGAAGUUUCUGAAAGUGUUCAUGCGACGAGUUCCAAUUGUACUGAAGACGUACGUCAAAGAGUGCUUUGAGCAAAGCAUGACCUUCUGGAGUACUGACUCUGGCCGGUUUGUGGCCGAGUAUGUGUCCCCUUUGGAACCGGUCGAAAGUUUGACGUUCACCGUGUGUCAUCCGGCGAUGGCGACUCUCAACAGUUCGGCACUCGCUAACGAGGGAGAGUCAUACACCGUGCUUUUGGACCGACUUCAGUUUCUGCCAGAAGCAAAUCCAGUCAGAUGCCCUAUGGCCGAACGCUGUUCGUUCAGAGCGAUGCUAAAGAACAUUGGCUAUCGAGAUGUGCAUGAAAUUGAGCUGAAGCUAUUUAAAAGUUCCGAUGGCCGUCAAACCGUGGUCAUGAAUUCGAUCCACUUGUCUGCUUUGAAGUCGACCGCCGUUGCGCAUGUUAACAUAGAACUGGCAUUUCUACCAAGGAACCUGGUAGAAUGUACGUUUCGAUUGACGGCCAAGGAAGGAAUAGACAUCCUCGUGCCCGUCAACCUCGUUGUUCCCUCAACAAAUGGAGCUUGGCUCUUUGACCCGCCGACUGUGUCUCUGCAGAAGAAUGGCCCGAUGCUGUUUCCGUCGACUACAACGGUAGAAGAAAAGUUAUGUGCAAUUAAUUAA